CCUUCAAUAUUGAGCGACAGGUGAGUCGCGCAACAGCUCACUGCUGAAUGGUCGAAACAUCUGUCCUAAUAAUAUCAUGCUUCUAUGCCCAUACGCGAAAGACACGCAUAUUGGAAUCGUCUUUACAUUAUCUAAAUGUUUUGUCUGACAAAAUUGUGCCACGUAGUCAGUGGCUAUAGCUGUGUACGGAGAAAAUGAUGGAUGUGUUUGCCAAGACGACAGCACUGCUCGGAUAUUAGGAAUAAAGUUGCCGUCUUCUCUCUAAAAAAUAGCAUUGGAUGCGGUGUCGUUUUGUUUCUAAGAUCAUAGGUUUACAAGCACACGGUGCUUAACUUCUUGAGAAGGAUCUCUCAGGCGAAAUCUGAUGUAAACAAUGGAUAACGUAGGUCUAUCUAUACAUCUUGGCUUUCACACUGUUGUGGACAAACAGUACUGCUGGACGUUUUUUCACUGAACACAUUUUAUAGACGGUUUACUCAAAUGCAACGGGUUGGAUUAAUCUCGCGAUCACCUUUUUAUGGUAGAGAAUUGAAAUUAUCAUAGCGACACAGAAGAUCACUGUCUCCGAAAUGAGUCUCUGCGAGGAGAAAGCGGAGGAGGAUGUUGUUCAAUAUCAGAACCAGAGAGCAGCAUCUCCAGAAUCCAGCCGUGUGUCUAUGAAGAGUGAUGCACCCAUAACACAACCCCUUACAUUCAGUGGUGAAACAAGGACAAGUAACCCCAGGAAUGAUCAGUCUGCAGAACUGCAGGAUUCCCACCGACUAGUAAAUGAUGCUCUACAGAGAGUAAAAGACCAACACAAAGUCAGCAUGAAGAACAAGUAUGAGAGCUUAUUUGAGGUAAUCAAACUACAAAAGAAUCAAACCCUCCUGAACAGCAUCUACACACUCUACAUCAUAGAGGGAGAGAGUGGAGGGGUGAAUGAAGAACAUGAGGUUUUACAGAUGGAGAAAACACACAGAACACAUCUAUUGAACACAAGAACACAUCUACAGAACACAAUCUACAGUAAUGAUAUCUUUAAACCCUCAACUGAAUCAGCAUGUGGGACGAAAGACAAAAUCAAGACUGUUCUUACUAAAGGCAUCGCUGGAAUUGGAAAAACCGUCUCUGUGCAGAAGUUCAUUCUGGACUGGGCUGAGGGACAAGCCAAUCAGGAUGUAGAUUUCAUGUUUGUGCUUCCUUUUCGAGAGCUGAAUUUGAUUCGAGAUCAUCAGUACAGUCUUCACAGACUCCUGCUGGACUUUCAUCCUGAACUUCAAGAUCUCGGCUCCGAGAUUUACGAGGAGUGUAAAAUUGUGUUCAUCUUUGAUGGUCUGGAUGAAAGCAGAAUGACUCUGAUGUUUUCAGACGAUGAGAAAGUUUCUGCUGUGACUGAGACUUCAUCAGUGGGUGUGUUGAUAUCAAACCUGAUGAGAGGAGAUCUGCUUUCAUCUGCUCUCAUCUGGAUCACCUCCAGACCAGCAGCAGCCAAUCAGAUCCCUUCCAAAUACAUCAACCGUGUGACAGAAAUUCAGGGAUUUAAUGACUCUCAGAAGGAGGAAUAUUUCAGGAAGAGAAUCAGUGAUGAGAAUCAAGCCAGCAGAAUCAUCUCACACAUCAGAAGAGCAAGAAGCCUCCACAUCAUGUGCCACAUCCCCGUCUUCAGCUGGAUCUCAUCCACUGUUCUUCAAAAGCUCCUGAAAGAAGAUGUGAGUGCAGAAAUCCCUCAAACUCUGACUGAAAUGUACAUCCACUUCCUGCUGAUUCAGAUAAACAUGAGAAAUCAGAAGUAUACAGAGACAGAUACAGAGAAACUCCUGCAGUCCAACAGAGAAAUGAUUCUGAAACUUGCUGAACUGGCUUUCAAUCAGCUGAUGAAGGGUAAUGUCAUAUUCUAUGAGGAGGACCUGAAAGAGAGCAGCAUAGACGGGACUGACACCUCUGUGUAUUUUGGGAUUUGCACUGAGAUCUUUAAGGAGGAAUCUGUAAUUCAUCGAAGAAAGGUCUACAGUUUCAUACAUCUGAGCUUUCAGGAGUUUCUAGCUGCUUUCUAUGUGCUUUACUCCCAUCUGAUGAAAAACAGGGAGCCAUUGCAGUGUUUUCUGGGUGACCAACCUGAGCUGUGUAGAUAUAAGAGAAAAAGGUACAUAGCUAUGAGAAACUCUUUGUGUGAGCUACUAAUAUCAGCAGUUGGUAAAACCCUUCACACUGAAAAUGGAAACCUGGAUCUUUUUCUGCGGUUCCUGCUGGGCAUCUCACUGGAGUCCAAUCUAGAUCUUUUAAAUGAACUACUGUCUUACACAGAGAGCAGCUUAAAUAGCAUCAAGGGAAUUCCUUUGUACAUAAAAGAUAACAUCAAGGGAUAUGAACAUCUUUCAGCCAACAAAUGCACGAGUCUGGUCCUCUGUCUGCUGGAAAUGAAUGAUCAGACUCUGUACAGAGAGAUUCAGGAGUUGGUGAAAUCUGACAAAUGCUCAUUUUUGCAAUUCUCUCCUGCUCACUGCUCAGCGAUCGCCUACACACUUCAGAUGUCAGAGGAGGUGCUGGAUGAGUUUGAUCUAAUGAAAUACAGAACAGCAGAUGAGAGUAGAUUAAGACUGAUACCAGCUGUGAUGAACUGCAGAAAAGCUCUACUUGCUGGAUGUUGCCUCACUGAUCAGCAGUGUGAAACUUUGUCUUCAGUUCUGCGAUCAUCAAACUCCCAUCUGAGGGACCUUGACCUGAGUAACAAUGACCUGCAGGAUUCAGGAGUAAAUUUGCUCUCUGCUGGACUGAAGAGUUCACAGUGCCAACUGAACAUACUAAGGUAUUUAAAACAACUUACAAAACAUAUUCCAAUAGAAACAAAUGCUUUUAUUAGUGUCACCACCUCUUCUUGACAUCCAAUAAAAUGACAAAAACAUCAAUACAAUGACCUGCAGGAUUCAGGAGUAAAUUUGCUCUCUGCUGGACUGAAGAGUUCACAGUGCCAACUGAACAUACUAAGAUUUGCCUUAUGUAAUCUCACUGGUCAGUGCUGUGAAAGUUUGGCUUCAGCUCUACAAUCAUCAAACUCUCAUCUGAUGGAGCUGGACCUGAGUAACAAUGACCUGCGAGAUUCAGGAGUAAAGUUGCUCUCCAAUGGACUGAAGAGUUCACACUGCCAACUGAACAUACUAAGAUUGUCCGGCUGUAUGGUGACAGAGGAAGGCUGUUGUUACCUGUCUUCAGCUCUAAAUUCAAACCCCUCACAUCUGAGAGAGCUGGAUCUGAGCUACAAUCAUCCAGGAGAAUCAGGAGUCAAGCUGCUCUCUGAUUUACUGAAUCAGCCAAACUGCACACUGGACAAACUCAAUGUGGAUCAUGGAGGAGAGUUCAGGAUUACAGCAGGACUACACAAAUAUUUCUGUGAUCUCACAAUGGAUCCAGACACAGCAAACACUAAGCUCAUUCUGUCUGAGGAGAACAGAAAGGUAACAUUUGUGGAUGAGGAUCAGCCGUACCCAGAUCAUCCAGAAAGAUUUAAUAAGCGUCCUCAUGUCCUGUGUAGGGAGCCUCUGUCUGGACGCUGUUAUUGGGAGUCUGAAUGGAGUGGACAGGCUGAUAUAUCAGUGACAUAUAAAGGAAUCUGCAGGAAAGGAAAGGGUGCUGAAUGUGUGUUUGGAUUCAAUGAUAUCUCCUGGUGUCUGAUCUGCUCUGAUGAGCCAUUUGCUCUCUGGUGCGAUUAUCGUCACAUUGACACACGUGUCACUUCAGGCUCCUGUAGGAAAGUCGGUGUGUAUGUGGACGUUUCGGCUGGCACUCUGUCCUUCUACAACAUCUCUGACACACACACACUAACACACAUAUACACAUUCAACACUACAUUCACUGAAACGCUCUAUGUGGGAUUUGGAUUCAUGAUUCAUGAUUCGAACUCAACACUGACUCUGUGUCGGAGUGAAAAGCCUGUAAACAAUGCCACAGAUGUCACAAAUGAAUGAAACGAAUGCUUUCACUUUAUAUACCUUUAACAUAUAUGCAAAUGCACUCAUUUAAAUGUGUAGGCUCACCUAUAUUUGCACAAAAUCUGAUUUAUCUUUCAAACAAUGUUUCUUUAACAUUUGAACAAGGAAUUAGUAGGAUAGUAAAAUGUUUUCUUUUGUAUUAAUGCUGAAUAAUGUCCUGCUCCUCGUUGUUUUACAUGUGCGUUUGCCUCAAAUCUUAAAUCUAAAAUUGUAGGGUUGGAAAUCAACAAAGUAGAUUCUUUUUAUCUCAACAUGAUAAACAUGAACAUUUUUAUGUUCUGGAAUACUUAAUUCUCUGGUUGGUUUUAAUUGUUGUAAUCACUGUGGUGCAUCCAGUUGGAAUGCAAUAAAGAUUUA